UGGAGGGAAAGAGAGUGUGGGAGGGGGCUCGAGCUCGCACUUACAUACACAACUACAAUGUAACAGCCACGUAAUAUUCAUUCACGGAGAUUUACGGAUGCAAUUCGGGAAUUAAAACAUAUUAUAAUCGACGGGAAUUAAAAAAAAAAAAACAGGAUGGCAUUCCCUGUAGAUAUUCUGACAAAUGUGGAUCACGAGUCCUUAGAGCUGGCAGCCGAGGAAUACAUGUCUCAGCUCCCCUACAGAAAUCAUGAAACAGCUGAGUUCCUCAGCCUAUCUGAUUCCAAACAGAUAGCCAUUGGACUCUGCAAUGUGAGUUUUGUCCCUCUAUAUGGAAUAGAUUCUAAAAAGAAGCUCCUUGCAUUGUUCUCACCUGACGACUUUACUACAGUUGUUGGGCUUUAUUUGUUGGGACAAUGGUGGGGAGUUGAAGAUGUUCUUAAAACAGCAGAGCCCUCAAGAACAUCCUGAUCAAGGUCAGUACUCUUGGGGAGAGGAUAGUCCUAUAUGUUCUCAACAGAAUUGUGUUGAGACAUGAGAAGAGCAGUGAAGAUGUUUCCUUUCUCUGCCACUGUGAGCAUGAAAGUGCAAAAAUACUAUGGAAGGAUGGAGAGGCCAUUGGCUUUUACUCAUACAAACCCAAAGGUAGCUUGUGCAGAAACUUCUUGACCCAGUGCUAUCAACUUCCUGUCAUGGACACAUUAUUUGUCAGGAAAUGUCACCGGGGCAAGGGUCAUGGCGUGAAGAUACUGGAAGACUUUGUUGGUAGCUUCAGAAAGGAGUUAAUAGGGUUAAAGUUUCCUCUUUCAGAAGCUAUGUAUAAAGUUUGUGAAAAGUACUUCAGUAUAUAUCCAGCAGACAAAGAGAUUCUGUGGGAAGUAGAGAAAAUAGGAAGCCCUUUCCAGAGAACUCUAAUAGCAAAAAGCCUACAGAAGUUGAAGCUAAAAGCAGAGAAGGACCCGAUUGUGAGUAAACUGAAUUUUGAGGAAGAUGAUGUCACUGCUCCCAUGGAAAUUGAGAUCACAAAGGUUCAGGAAACCACUGAAUAUACAGCAGAGAUUGUGGAGGAGACCAUUACAGACAUCACCAAAGAAGUAGAUGACAUACCUGUCACAAGGCGUGGCAGAGGUAGCGACCUGAAACGCAGAGGUAUCAGAGAAAAUUCAGAGGAGAGGCUUUCAAAGAUCAUUAUCAGGGUGGAAGACAUUGAGGCAGGAGUUGAAAGUCCAAUUGAAGUGGCAACCGAGGAACAUCCUGAUGACACUUUUUCUGUAAAAGAAUCAGAAACUCUCAGGAGUACAACAGACACAGUAACUACAACUGUGACAAACAUUUCAGAGGUUAGAAGUUCACAGAAAGAGGAGGAAUGGGAAAAAGACAAAGUCACAGCUACAUCAGAGGGGACUCCAGUCACCCACUUCACCACAGCUGGGGAAAUAAAGAGCCAAGGAGGCAGUGAGAAGGAAUGCGAAAUGGUUAAUAAGGAGCACACUGUAGUAAUACAAAGAGCCACUAUAGGGUCUAUUGACCAAAGCCAACUUCAGUCUGUGGUGGACAUAGAAAUUGUCAAGAUGAGUACAGGAACUGAAGAGGAAAAAAUUGAGAAUUUAGAAAAGAACAAAGAGGUUGAGAAAGAUAAAACUGUGUGUGAGGCAGAGAAGGAAGAAAUAAAGCAAAUGCUGGAUGAACCUGAAGAGGAAAAGGCUGCGAGUGGUACUGUUGAAACAUCUAACAAUACUGAAGCUUUAGAAGAGGUGACAGAUCAAUCAGGGACUCUUGCUAACAAAGCAGAAGAGUCUAAGGUUGAGGAAUACAAUGAAAAAGACAAGCUUACAGUGGAAACUGAUUUUAGUAUGGAUGCUGAAAUCACACAGGUUGGGGAAACUGUAGAUGUAGUUCCUGAAAUUUCAGAAAUAGACCAAGAAGAAGCACCACAACAGUCAUCUGUAGAGUCUGCUGAGGUGCACAAAUUGAAAACAACACCUGAAGAGGAUGAGGAGACAGUGGAGAAUAGCUCUAUGAUGACUGAAGCCAAACUUUCUCCUAAAGAGGCAUGUAAUAAUCACGGAGAGAUAGAUAUUGCUGAACAAGAUGAAAUUAAGUCAGUGUCAAAUGAGGAACAAGCAGCUGAAGAAAUUAUGAAAAUGGAAAAACAAGAUGGUACAUUGGACACAAGAGAAGCAUAUAAUGCAGCAGCUGAUGCUAAAAUAACUCCAGAACAAUCAACUGGUUACGAAGAACAAGAGGGUGAGCCAGAACCUGAAACCACAGAGGUUGUUCUUCUAAGCCAAGUUGAGAAACCAGAGGAGAAAACAGACACUGAACAAGCUAAAGAGGAUGCAGAUAAGUUGAUUCCCAAACAAGGCAAACAAGCUCAAAAGAAAAGAUCUACUGACACCCCAAGUAGAUCAACAAGUCUUAGAGAUCAACCUGUUGACCCUGGGGUGACAGUUAGAUGUCUCAGAAGCACUUCGAAACCAAUCAAAAUCACCCCUGUUAGGAGAUCUACACGUAGCAAAGCAGUGAUUCAGCAGGUGGAAAGUGUUGACCCACAAGUUGAGGCAAAAUUCAGGACUGAUGAAAACUCAGAAAGGGAUGAAGUUGUUGCAAAGGAAAUAGGUACAGAGGAGGGUGAAAAGGCAAACACAAAUGUUGAUGAAACAGUAGUCAUUGAAACUGGAAGUUCUGAAGUGCUGAAAGCAACAGAAAUAGAUGACAAAGAGAAAACACCUCAGAUUACAGAAGGUACUGAGAAGGACAUCCCACCUGUAGAAGCAGUACCUGAUGAGGACGCAACAGAAAAAGUUAAAGAAAUCAAAACGAUGGAGAACAAAGAAGCAAAUUUAGUUAGACAAAGAGACAGUUGUAUAGAGAUGAGCAGUCUUGCUCAGGAGAAAAAUGUCCAGGAAGAGGAGGCACCAGUCAGGACAGAAAUAAGUCUUAGACGUAGAACAAUAAGAGUUCAGUCUCCACUGAGAAGGAAAUCUAGACGUGUACAAAAUCAAGAAGCUGAACCAGAUGUUGAACAUCAGGAAAGACAUGCAGUGAUGACCAAGAGUAAAAGUGAAUCAAUCUCAACAACAGAAAAGAGAGUUGAAGAAAUGGAUCAAGAGGUAAACAAGAUGGAGAACAAGGAAGCAAAUUUAGCUGAGUUGGAGCCAGUGGAAGAGGAUACUGAGAAGAUUAUCCCACUUGUAGAAGGAGAACCUGAUGAGGAUGCAACAGAAAAAGGAUUUGAAGAAAUCAACAAAAUGGAGAAAAAGGAAAUAAAUUUAGCUGAGCUGGAGCCAGUGGAAGAACCAGACAUGAUUAGAAAUGAAGAUGAAAAAACUUCAACAGAAGAGAAUGUCUGUUUACCAAUUAUUACAACAGAGACCAGUUUUGAAAGUCUUGAUGAUAUGAAAACUGUGGAAACUGCAGCUGUUGAUACUGAGAAAUCCGAGCUACUGAUGGGUGUAGAAAUAGAUGAUCAAGUAAAAGUAGCAGAACCUGAUGAGGAGACAGGGAUAGAGGAUGCCACAGUAGUACUUGUAGAUUUGAACAAAUUUUCCCAAAAUACAGAGGAGGUUGAGAGUCCAGAAGUCUUAAAACAUUCACAAAUGGAGGAACAUCUGGAACUGGAUAAACCAGAUAAAAGUGAACAAGAACUGUGCAACGUGGCAUCAGAAGAGGAGGAACAAAAAGAUGAAAUACAAACACAGGAAGACACUGAAAUGAUCCCUGAGGAAGAAAAAAUGGAGGAAGAAAAGAUCACAGCUGAAGAGCUAAACAAACUCGGUGAACAAGACAUGGCAUUUGAGGAGCAAAAGCCAACAGGAGAUUUGGCCACAAUGCACAAUGCUCAGAGCAACCUGGUGGAAAGCAAUAAAAAUGAAAACAAUCAGAAUGAGGAUGAAAUUGCAGAAGCAGAACCUGAAGAGGAUGUGGUAGAAAAAGAUGCUGGGAACAAGGAAACAAAUUUAGCUGUGACAAAGGACACAGUUGAGGAGGCACCUGAGAUAGGAGAAGAAGCCAAUUUAGAGCAACAGAAAAAUGAACCAAUGAUUAAAAAUGUGAAUGAAACAGCUGAGACAGAAAAACCCAUGGAGAUGGAUCCAGUGGUUAACAAGGAGCAAACAUAUGUUAUAGAGGAGACCACCAUUCAAAUAGAGGAGAAGGUCUCACAGGUAGAAAGCACUGAAACCAAUCUAAAUGACAAUGCAAGGAUCACAAGAAGAAGUCUCAGGCUCAGUGCAAAACCAGUCACAGAAUCUACACAGAAGACCAGAAAAUCUACACGUCUCCACAAAGCAGAGUUGGAACCAGUAAAAGAAGCAGAUACGAGUAAAAAUAAAUAUGAAGAAACCACAGCAACAACAGAAAGGACUGUGAAUGUGUGUAUACCAGUAAUUACAGUAGAGACCAGCUUGGAAAGUCCUGAUGAAAUACCAAAUACAAACGUUGAGAAAACUUCAGCUGUUGAACCUGAGACAUCUGAACUUCUCAUGGGUGUAGAAACAGCUGAUAAAAAUGAGGCACCUCAGAUUGUAGAGGAGGUCACGUUUGUAGAAGCAGAACCUGAUGAGGAGGUAGAGAAAGAUGAUGGUACUCCAAUAAUACAGCUGCAAAAAUCCACAGUAGUACUUGUAGAUUUAAACACAAACCUUUCCCAAAAUACAGAAGGAGAGCGUGACACUCCACAAGUCCAUUCCCAGACAGAGGAACAACUGGAACUGGAUGAACCAGAUAAAAGUGAAUAUCAACAAUGUAUCCAGACAUCAGAAAAUGAGGAACAGCAAGAAGAACUACAAAAAGAGGAAGAUACUGAAAAGACCCCUGAGGAAGAAGAGAACAAAACAGAGGAAGAAAACACAGUUGAAGAACAGAAUAAACUUGAUAAACAAGACAUGACAUUUGAGGAGCAGAAACCAACAGAAGAUUUGGAAGGACAAAAUGAUGUAAAGGAGACAGAGAUUGUAGAGGAUUAUGAGGCAGCCAUAGAUGUGGAUGUGGAAGAAGCUGUAACAUCUAAAGAGCAUUCAGAAGCAACAACAAUGGCAGACAAAAUAAUUCAGGAGGCAGAUAUUGCUUUAAAAGAGAAACAAACGGACAGUGAUGUAGAAAUUAGCAGUCUUACUCAGGAGGCACCAGAAGCUGUCCAGAAAAUCUUAGAAGAGGAGGUACCAGUCAGCACAGAGAGAAGUCUCAGACGUAGAACAAUAAAAGUUCAGUCACCACCAAGAAGGAAAUCUAGACGUGUACAAAAACAAGAAGCUAAAUUUUUUGAAGUUAAAACUAGAGAAGUCCCAAUAACAGGAAAGGGAGUUGAUGAAAUGCACAAAGAAGGUGCAGAAAUAGAUGAUAAAGAGGAAACACUUCAAACAUCAACGUUAGAGGCUACUGAUGAGAUUAUACCACUUAUUGAAGAAAAACAUGAUGAGGAAAUAAUAAAAAAAGGAUUUGAAGAAACCAACAAGAUAGAGAACAAGGAAACUAAUUUUGAUAUGACAAAGGACACAGAUGAGAACGCACUUGAAAUGGUAGAAGAAGCCAAUUUAGAGCAACAGGAAAAUGAGCCAUUGGUUAAAAAUCAGAAAGAAACAGAUGAUACAGAAAAGCCCAUGGAAAUUGACCCAGUGGUUAACAAGGAGCAAACACACAUUAUUGAGGAGACCACUAUUCAAAUAGAGGAGAUGACCUCACAGGUAGAAAGCACUGAAACCAAUCAAAGUGACAAUGAAAGGAUCACAAGAAGAAGUCUCAGGCUCAGUGCAAAAUCAGUCACAGAAUCUACACAGAAGACCAGAAAAUCUACACGUCUCCACAAAGCAGAGUUGGAACCAGUAAAAGCAGCAGAUAUGAGUGAAAAUAAAUAUGAAGAAACCUCAGAAAAGACAGAAGAGAAUGGGAACAUGUGUAUACCAGUAAUUACAGUAGAGCCCAAUUUGGAAAGUAUUGGUGAAAUAGCAAACACAAAUCUUGAAGAAACUACAGCUGUUGAACCUGAGACGUCUGAACUGCGGAUGGGUGUAGAAACAGAUGAUAAAAAUGAGGCACCUCAGAUUGUAGAGGAGGUCUCAUUUGUGGAAGCAGAACCUGAUGAGGAGGUAGAGAAAGAUGAUGGUACUCCAAUAAUACAGCUGCAAAAAGCCACUGUAGUACUUGUAGAUUUAAACACAAACCUUUGCCAAAAUACAGAAGGAGAGUGUGACACUCUAGAAGUCCUAACGCAUUCCCAGACAGAGGAACAACUGGAACUAGAUGAACCAGAAAAAAGUGAAUAUCAACAACGUAUCCAGACAUCAGAAAAUGAGGAACAGCAAGAAGAACUACAAAAAGAGGAAGAUACUGAAAAGACCCCUGAGGAAGAAAAGAACAAAAUGGAGGAAGAAAACACAGUUGAAGAACAGAAUAAACAUGAUAAACAAGACAUGACGUUUGAGGAGCAUAAACCAACAGAAGAUUUGGAGGGACAAAAUGAUGUAAAGGAAAUUGUAGAGGAAUAUAAGGCAGUCGUAGAUGAGGAUGUGGAAGAAGCUGUAACAUCUAAAGAGCAUCCAGAGGCAACAACAAUGGCAGAAAAUGAUCAAGAUAUUGCUUUAAAAGAGAAACAAAUGGACAGUGGUGUAGAAAUUAGCAGUCUUACUCAGGAGGCACCAGAAGCUGUCCAGGAAAUCUUAGAAGAGGAGGUACCAGUCAGCACAGAGAGAAGUCUCAGAUGUAGAACAAUAAAAGUUCAGUCACCACCAAGAAGGAAAUCUAGACGUGUACAAAAACAAGAAGCUGAAGUUUUUGAAGAUAAAACUAGAGAAGUCCCAAUAACAGGAAAGGGAGUUGAUGAAAUGCACAAAGAAGGUGCAGAAAUAGAUGAUAAAGAGGGAACACUUCAGAAAUCAACUUUAGAGGCUACUGAUGAGAUUAUACCACUUAUUGAAGAAAAACAUGAUGAGGAAAUAAUAAAAAAAGGAUUUAAAGAAACUAACGAGAUAGAGAACAAGGAAACUAAUUUUGAUAUGACAAAGGACACAGAUGAGAAGGCAUCUGAAAUGGUAGAAGAAGCCAAUUUAGAGCAACAGGAAAAUGAGCCAUUGGUUAAAAAUCAGAAAGAAACAGAUGAUACAGAAAAGCCCAUGGAAAUUGACCCAGUGGUUAACAAGGAGCAAACGCACAUUAUUGAGGAGACCACUAUUCAAAUACAGGAGAAGACCUCACAGGUAGAAAGCACUGAAACCAAUCAAAGUGACAAUGAAAGGAUCACAAGAAGAAGUCUCAGGCUCAGUGCAAAAUCAGUCACAGAAUCUACACAGAAGACCAGAAAAUCUACACGUCUCCACAAAGCAGAGUUGGAACCAGUAAAAGCAGCAGAUAUGAGUGAAAAUAAAUAUGAAGAAACCUCAGAAAAGACAGAAGAGACUGUGAACGUGUGUAUACCAGUAAUUACGGUAGAGCCCAAUUUGGAAAGUAUUGGUGAAAUAGCAAACACAAAUCUUGAAGAAACUACAGCUGUUGAACCUGAGACGUCUGAACUGCGGAUGGGUGUAGAAACAGAUGAUAAAAAUGAGGCACCUCAGAUUGUAGAGGAGGUCUCAUUUGUGGAAGCAGAACCUGAUGAGGAGGUAGAGAAAGAUGAUGGUACUCCAAUAAUACAGCUGCAAAAAGCCACUGUAGUACUUGUAGAUUUAAACACAAACCUUUCCCAAAAUACAGAAGGAGAGUGUGACACUCUAGAAGUCCUAACGCAUUCCCAGACAGAGGAACAACUGGAACUAGAUGAACCAGACAAAAGUGAAUAUCAACAACGUAUCCAGACAUCAGAAAAUGAGGAACAGCAAGAAGAACUACAAAAAGAGGAAGAUACUGAAAAGACCCCUGAGGAAGAAAAGAACAAAAUGGAGGAAGAAAACACAGUUGAAGAACAGAAUAAAAAUGAUAAACAAGACAUGACGUUUGAGGAGCAGAAACCAACAGAAGAUUUGGAGGGACAAAAUGAUGUAAAGGAGAUUGUAGAGGAAUAUAAGGCAGUCGUAGAUGAGGAUGUGGAAGAAGCUGUAACAUCUAAAGAGCAUCCAGAAGCAACAAAAAUGGCUAAAAAUGAUCAAGAUAUUGCUUUAAAAGAGAAACAAAUGGACAGUGGUGUAGAAAUUAGUGGUCUUACUCAGGAGGCACCAGAACCUGUCCAGGAAAUCUUAGAAGAGGAGGUACCAGUCAGCACAGAGAGAAGUCUCAGACGUAGAACAAUAAAAGUUCAGUCACCACCAAGAAGGAAAUCUAGACGUGUACAAAAACAAGAAGCUGAAGCAGAUGUUGAACAUACCAAGAGUAAAACUGAAUCAGUUUCAAUGACAGAAACGACAGAAAAAGAAAUGGAUCAAGAAGUCAACAGGAUGGAGAACAAGGAAGCAAAUUCAGCUGAGAUGGAGCCAGUGGAAGAGGAUACUGAGAAGAUUAUCCCACUUGUAGAAGGAGAACCUGAUGAGGAUGUAAUAGAGAAAAGGUUUGAAGAAAUCAACAGGAUGGAGAACAAGGAAACAAGCUUAGAGAAUGAUGCGGCUCCUGAGAUGGGAAGAGAGGAUGCCAAUUUAGAGCAACGUGAAAAUGAGCCAUUGGUUAAAAAUGAGAAAGAAACAGCCGAGGCAGAAAAACCCAUGGAGGUGGAUAAAGUUCCAGUCGUUUGCAGGAGCAAACAUACAUUAUAG